AUUUGCUUUUUUUUUUUACGCGAGGGAAAAAGUCGACUGCCAAUUACGCGUCGCACACAGCAACGUGACCAAUAUAAUACGUUUAAAAAAAACAUAAGGGUAGUCCAACAGGGAUACGGCUUCCGUUGAUUGCGUCGAACGUCGCUCAGUAUCGCGGCGACUUUUACCUCGCAUGUCGCGCAAGGAAAGUAAUGAUCCGCGUGUAAAAAUCCUCGCGACUGCUAUCAUAUCUAAAGAUCAUAAUUGUCCGGGGGAGAAUUUUUCGAAGCGACAAAAUCACCAAGAAUAUAAUUUAUCAAACGCUCCAGGGGUUGAGUAUGUUUGAAGUAGCGAAACUUUCCGAGGGGUGGAAUCUCUUCAACGACGUCCGAGAAGGGUAGUCAGUCGCGUGCACUUCGACGGAAAUUAUAUUCGCCGAGUAGAAUUUUUCCGAGCGACAGGAUUAUCCAAGAAGGAAGAUCGAUAUCGAAGUUAAGGCUUCUGAGCGUUUAGGUUCCGUCAACCGAGCGUAAAAUAGGCCCUGACGUCCGCCAGUAAUCACAAAAAUUAGAACAGCAAAGAUAAAGCGAGGCGCGCGUGUUUCGUGCCAAUUGUUAAACGGCGGAGUGGCGCUUGUCACGCGAUUUAAUAAACGCCAUCGAAAUUAAUGCUCAAGAGAGCGGAUGUGGCUUUCGUGAAAAAUGCCCUUCGUGCUAAACGAUUCAUUGCGACCGUAAUGUCACCUAGAAUCAUGAAUACUGAUCGUUACGCCUGAUUACAUGAAAAAAACGAAAAAGUAUCAGACACAUUUACUUGUCGGAAUUCGUACGUGCAUAAAUUAUUUAUGCCUAAAUGAUAAAUUAAAAGAUGGCGAAUGAUAUACUCAUUAAGAUUUCGUUUUUGCUAAAUAUUAUUCCGUUAAUUCUGAGCGCGGAUGAGCAAAUAAUGUGCUCUAAAAACGAUGCUUUAUUGGAGAUCACGGGUGACGCUAUUUUAACGGUCUUCGUAGAUGCCAAUUACGGACAAUAUUGCAAUAUAUCGUCAUCCAAAGGUCUUCAACAAAUUUCGACGAUCUUAUACGUGAUGCAAACUUUGAAUAAAUAUGACUACGUACCGGGUGUAAAAUUAGGGCUAAGAAUCUUCGACACGUGUCAAGAUGGAAUUACGUUGUUUAGACAAGUCUUGCGAGUAGCUGUUGAGCAAAGUUGUGCGUUGAAUUACGAGAUGGGUGUGAUGGUGCCGUCUCGAUUAAGCUUCAUGAUGGAUUAUCUGCGUGAUCAUGGCAAUCUGCCUAUUAGCGUCUACGGGGAACGGGAUUUCACGAUGCCUGCGAUCGAUAUCCUGGCGCACUAUUUGACCACCAGGUACGAGAUUGUUGAUCUGGUACACGCCAACGCGGAUUCUGUUCUCGAUCAUUUCCUGGAAGUUACCAAGGACGCUGGUGUAUGCGUGAAACGAAGUGACAGACGCGUCAACGGCGACAGAUAUGCGAACGUCACGGAAACGACGAUAGUCGCAAUCGGCGAGAGAAAUGACGUGCUGCGAUGGCUGGAAGAGAAUGAGGAAUCGGGUGGUUCCAGGAAAACGUGGCUUCUGCUGCCGCUCGAUAAUUCGGAUAUUGACGAUCUCGUGCCAUCCGGAUCGUAUGUCAUUAAGCCGGAAAUUCCUCGUUUCGAUCUUGGCGGAUUCUCAAGCGCGGAUGAAUUUCUGGAGAACUCCGGAAACUCGGUGUCCGGAAACCGCUCUCCGUAUCUCCUCGACAUCGGAAAGGCCGUCAUUGAGAUUGCGGAAGCCUUCCGGAACGUCCGCGAGAGAAGCUGUCCCAUCGAUAACACGGAGGACUGCAUUGUGGCGCAAUUCGGUACAGAAUUGCAACGGCAAAUUCGCGAUCUCGACGUCUACGAAAUUCUUCGCAUACAACCGCGGUCACACUCGGUGAGAUAUGUGGUCACCACGAAAACGCAGCACGAACUCGUUGACGUUGCUUCCUACGAAAUUGAAGUGGCCAAAUUACGCGUUCUCCCGGUGAGGAUGACGUCCAGAAUACCAGGACUUUGCCUGGAGCAUCUUGCCAUCAAUUGCGAGAACUGUACGAAUUUUCAGACACGCUCCAAUGCGCAAGAUGUUACAAAAGCAAAUGUUGACAAAAAUGUUCUGAAGAAUAGUAUCUACGUUCCUAUUUUCUUAAUCGCUAUCGUUUGCGGCACUGUCGCGUGCUGCGUCAUGGUGUUCUUUAUCGUCUAUCGUUUCGCGACUGAAGAGAUGCUCGACGGCAACCCGGCCCUUACGAUCGUCCUUGUCUUGGCCAAUCUAUUUACCCUACUGACAGCAAUACCCUUCUGCAUGACGGACGAUUAUUUCGGCGCGGAGAAUCUGAACGCUCGGAAGAUCCUUCUCACUACUCUCGCAUUUGGCCUCACAUUCUCGAUUAUGCUUUCGAGAGCACUUUUCUUGGCCUUGGCCUCCACGGGCAAUGUCUUCGUUCACAUUAACGGAUACUUACAGAGUCUUAUGACGUUCUUCAUGUGCGGAGUUCAAGUUGCUAUGUCGAUUAUGUAUUUCGUUUUGAACACAACAAAUUCCGCUGUGGCUGCCAGGAGCCUCAUUUUUAUUGCAUUACUAGGAUACGAUAUAUUUCUAUUAAUUGCAUUCUUCAUUACUUGCUGCUCCAUUAUUCGAAUACAACGUAACUAUCACGAAGGAAAAUGCUUCUUCGGCACUGCUAUCGGUUUACUAAUUACAUGGGCGAUGUGGCUGAUUUGCUUCAUGCUGAUGCAGCUAGAAAAUCGUGAUGCAAUUGUUUCCUUCGGUAUAAUUAUCACGACUUAUUUAAUUAUUUUCGGUGUCUUGAUACCAAGGAUUUAUUAUAUGGUCACACACAUAUCGGAAGGAAAAGAUCUCGGACGAAGAUUCGAUCUCAUCAAUUUACCAACUGAUUCGAUUGUUAAUACGAUCAUCGGACAGUCGCGUUCCCACGAUUAUGUUCAUCCUAUUAGAGAAAGUCAAGUUUUACGAGUGCCAUCGCCGUGUCCAAAUUAUUACGGUAAUUCAAGCCUGCGUUUGAAACAUCUCGAGAGAUGCAAAAGUCCAAAUCACCAUGAAACUAUAUAUAAUAAUUACGAAUUUGCGGAAAUGAAGGAGACUGACACUACCGCGCCACAAAUAUACACAGAGAACAUGAAGUCUUCAAAUAAUGUCAUUUACGCGCAACCAAGAGUCUACAAGUCGCAGAGGAUAAUUUUUGGGGAAAGAAGCAACGCAGAAGCUAGUUAUAAUAGAAACAAUUCUUCACCUAUCUCUAGACCACAUGUCGAAAUGUAUCCUAUGAGAUAUACCAAUCCAACAAAUAUGGCGAGGGAACGAAAAAUCGAUGAAGAGGAAGAAGAGGAAGACGAGGAGAAUGAGGAGGACGAAAGUGACAGCAGAAUUACCCGCUUUUGACAAAUUUAGUCAAUCUAAUAUUGAGUGCCCUAUAUCUUUAUAACUUUUCCAGAAAACCAUAAAUUUGUAAUAAAAUGAUUUUAAAAUAAUUAUAGAUUUAAAUUCCGAAUUUAAAACCUGGUUUACAUGAUUUCAUAUGACUUUAAGAUUUUUGUAACCAUUGUAUAUCUUGUAUAAAAAAA